AUGGAGAUUGUGGCAGCCAUUAAGGGGAUCAGUCUAAGGUUAGCAUUGACCCCAAUCCUUGAAAGGCGGGGCUUGGAUAUAAACAUCAUCAAUGUUUUUGUAGAGGCCUCCAAGACGCCCCUCCCAUUGGACUGUGAGUCUUUUCUUCUAGGAGGAAACACACUCAAUAUCAGAGAAAAGGAAGAUGGCCUGCUGGGUAACAAGUCCAUAAAUAGCCGACCUGGAAGUGGAAACAAAAGUCAGAGUUCAAAGGUCACCAAAAUCUCUGGGAUGAACAGACGAGAGUCCUUUUUUGGGCGCGCUCCCGCCAUAACGCUUGAACCGCCUCCGGUAAAACAGAGAAGAAAUUCUCUGUCCUUUCCAUUUUUUGCUCACCCAACUGCCAAGAGUUCAGGUGACGGUGCUGGGAAAGUUAUUGAAGAAAUGGGGAGUCUCCGAGGUAGAAGAGUAAUGAACCUCUCGAUUGACGAUAACCUUCCUAUUCCACCUGGACUUUCCGCUUCCAUUUCCCCGCAGGGAACAUUUGGCUACAGUGAGGGUAAAAAAGUCAAGGAAAGAUCCAAACUCACCAACCUGCUGAGUCCAAUGUCCAAGGAUCGGGAGAAACAAGAACAGUUGAGUGACCUGCUCAACACAUACAGUAUCAACAUCCCUCCCAUGCCUGAACUUUUGACAGUGGGAAAGCCAACCUUCAGUGAGGAAAUCUUUGAAAUUGAACCACAUUGGAGUUCUUUGGUGGAUAAUGCCUCAGCCUUGACAAAACGGCAGCAUGACCAACAGGAGGCAGUUUGGGAACUCUUACAGACCGAAGUCUACUAUAUACGAUCACUACGCGUCAUCACUGAUCUGUUCAUGUGCUGUCUCAUCAAUCUUCAAAGUGAACAAUUAUUGAACGAGAUUGAUACUGAACGUCUUUUCUCGAAUAUUGGAGAUAUCGCCUUCACAAACAGCUCUUUCUGGGAGAACUCCUUGUCCAAAGUAUUACAAUGUGCAAGACAGAGUCGUCUCCCCCUUAAUCCCUCGGACAUGAAGGAGGGCUUUAAACAGUUCCCAGAGCUGUUUAGUCCUUACACGAAAUACUUUUCCGAGCAGAAAGCUUGUGCUGACUACAUGAAAAGCCGAUAUAGUGAUAAUGAGUUAUUCAAAACUUUUGUGGUGUGGGCAGAGACCCAGAAACAGUGCAAUCGUCUGAAACUGACCGAUCUGUUGGUCAAGCCGAUGCAGAGGCUGACCAAGUAUUCCCUGCUGCUUCAGGCUGUGUUACGGAAGACGGAUGAUGAGAAACAGCGCAAAGAUGUCCUGGAGAUGAUUGCCAGUGUAGAUAGAUUUGUCUCACAUGUAAAUUCAUCACUACGACAGCGACACGAACAGGAGCGCCUCGCAACUAUAAUGACGAAAAUUGAGUCUUAUGAAGCAGUGGAGGCACCUAAUGACGAAAGUUUCAAGUAUUUACAGGAGUAUAAUAAUAACUUUGACCUGCGGGCCCCCAUGCCUGGUUGUGCUGGAGGUCAGACUCGCUCGCUUAUUAUGCAGUCAGUGCUUCGCCUCAAGGAUUCACAAUCACGGUUGGACGUUGAGUGUCUCCUAUUCACCGACCUCUUUCUUAUAUGCAAGCCUAGUAAAAGAAUGGAGAAGUAUAAAAUAAUCAAGGCUCCUAUGCGAGUCGACAGAAUAAUUACACAAGAACUCAAGGACAAAGGGAGUUUUCUGAUGAUUUACCUCAACGAGUACCAUGUACCUGUGUCAGCAUUCACCUUCCAUGGUGACCAGGCAGCCAUCAGAGUUUGGCUUGAACAUAUACGAAAAGCUCAGGCGCUUUAUCGAGACAUUCGUAACCCGACGCAAGGCUCAGACGGUUUCUCAUAUCUGUCUGGAGGGGAGCUGGUGGAAGAACAGGUUAUCAACGUAACUCCAAUAUCACCCCUCCCUAUGGAUCAGCCUGAUGUAGUGAUGUCACGCUCCGCCGGCAACGAGCCUGGACAGCAUUUCCUGUUUCCUAACAAUGCUGCAGGACAGUGUAGUCCUGGGCGAACGUCGCCCAUAAGUAAUGAACCACAGUCUCCUUCACCUUAUGUCAGUCAUCCUCGCCCUGCAAAGUCACAUAGUUACCAUGGUGGCGAAAAACAUCACAAACAUGUGCAAUCAUCGAAUUCUGUGUCAAGUUUUGGUGACAGUAUCCCAGAUGAUGAUAGACUAAAUAUUCCGCACUCGACGGGGUCAUCUGCGAAUAGCGACUCUUCUCUACCAGAUAUUGUUGACGAAAAUCAAAAAGUGAAACUUAGUCAACGAAGGUCAUCACGCAAUGGAAGUCGCUACAUCACAGCUGACAAUAUACAAGACUUGAAUAAAGAUGAUAAAGAUACUAGUAUUCAUAAACGUCUCUCAUGGAAUUAUGGCACUACGGACAAUGAUGAAAGACAAGGUGUUCUGAAAACCAAAACUCAAAGUUCAGACUCUCUCAGGAGUAUUCAUAGUUCCAGUGGUGUAAGUUCGACUGGAUCUCUUCACCUAAGUCCAGAAGACAUGGAAUAUAGUUCCAAUAAUCAUGGUGAUAUUUGUACAAUUCAUGAAUGUAGACAUGAUGAUUGUGAUAUUAAUGAAUUACAUCGAAAUUCAGAGACCAACGACAUAUCAACAUUGUUCCAGGCGAUGUCUACAAGCGAGAUCAACCAGGGUAUUGUUUCUGUAGAUUUGCCUUCAAUUGAUAAAAAACUCACACAUGCACAGCUGAUGAAAAUGAAGAAACAGCUCCUUCUAUCGUCAAAUGUCGAGGCCAGUGAAUGUGUGAUCAAAUUUACAUCGGAACCUACUUCAGCCUAUAGUGGAUUUUCUCUCAUAGCGGCUGGAAUGUGGAAACCUGUCUCUGAGUGGGACAUUCAGAUUGAAAACCUGGAAAUUUGUCCCCUAUGUGGGACAUCCACUUGA